AUGCCAAGCCAACAGAAGAAAGUCAUUUUUUGCAUGGCUGGGAUGUUAAGCUUUGUGUGUGCCCUCGGAGCUGUGGCAGCCCUGGGGACACCUUUGUGGAUCAAAGCCACCUUCUUCUGCAAAACUGGGGCUCUGCUCGUCAAUGCCUCGGGGCAGGAGCUGGACAAGUUCAUGGGCGAGAUGCAGUACGGGCUUUUCCAUGGAGAGGGCGUGAGGCAAUGCGGGCUGGGAGCAAGGCCCUUUCGGUUCUCAUUUUUCCCAGAUUUGCUCAAAGCCAUCCCAGUGAGUAUCCACGUCAAUGUCAUUCUUUUCUCCACGAUCCUCAUCGUUUUAACCCUGGUGGGGACGGCCUUCUUCAUGUACAAUGCUUUCGGCAAGCCCUUUGAAACCCUGCAUGGUCCACUGGGGUUGUAUCUCUUGAGCUUCAUUUCCGGCUCCUGCGGCUGUCUUGUCAUGAUACUGUUUGCCUCUGAAGUGAAAAUCCACCGCCUCUCAGAAAAAAUUGCAAAUUACAAAGAAGGGACUUAUGCCUACAAAACACAAAGUGAAAAAUACACCACGUCGUUCUGGGUGGUUUUCAUUUGCUUUUUUGUUCACUUUUUGAAUGGGCUUCUAAUACGAUUUGCUGGAUUUCAGUUCCCUUUUGCAAAAUCUAAAGACACAGAGACAACUAACGUAGCUGCAGAUCUAAUGUACUGA